AUAUAUAUAUAAAUGUAUGCAUAUUUUAUUUAAAAAAAAAAAAAAAAAACGAGAAAGAUAAACUUUUAGUGUAUAAGUCUAUACGUGUAUCGAGAAAGAGGGAGAGAGAAAAAGAGAGAGAGAAGUUAACACGUUGCGAUACGAAUCGAUCCGAACGUUGAAGUUACCGGAGAAAGAGAGAGAGAGAGAAAGAGUGAGAGAGAGUGAGAGAGAGAGAGAAAGAGAAAAGAACGUAUGUAUUUGUGAAGAGAAGAAGAAAGACACGAUGUGUCUUCGUUCGUGACGCUGACGAAGAAGAAGAAGAAAUUUGCCAGUUAUUCGUUCUUUUCCUUCUAUUCUGUUCUCCAACUUCGUCAUCGUCCUCGUUGUGUCCUCGUAGUUAUCCAUCGAAGUCGUAAUCUUCAUCGUUUUAAACUCUCUUUCGAGUUUGGUCGAGUUUUUUCUUUUUUUUAUAUAUCCCUGUUCCGUUUCCUUUAGAUUUAUUCCUACCAUCGGAGGAACGUUUCGAUUUAUACGAUUCUAAGAGAAAUAAAAUUGAUACGCGAGUCUCGAAUUAAAAGGCACAGGUAGAUCGGUAAUAAAAAGGGAACGAAAAAAAAAGAGAAAGAGAGGGAGAGAAGAGGAGAAGAAAAAAAAGGAGAGAAAAAAAAAGAUAGAGAAAGAGAGAAAAAGAAUAAGAAUAAAUCUACAUACGUUCGUGGGCGGUGAGUGAUUGUGUGAUCGUCGUUGGCCAGUUUCCAUUGGAAGUCAUGCGAGAUACCAGCGAUAUGACGGAGGACGCCCUGUCAGAGGACACCAUGAUGGAUUGCGGAGGGGAUGGCGGUGGUGCUCUAGAAGAUUUCGUUGAAUUGGCAACCAACAUUGCUGAUUCCUCGCGAACCAUACGAGAUGCUGCUGAGAGGUUACUGACGUUACUAGGAGUGGACGACGACAACGAGGAUCUUUUAUCCUCUUCCGAAGACGAGGGUGUCGAAGUGGACGUGGAAGAUGAAGAGGACGACGAUCGACCAGAAAACACAAGGUUACUUCAUCAAUUGGCUGCAUCGUUGGCACAAGAAUUGAAAUAUUCACAACAGAAACACGAUCCAGGAGCUACGAGGAUAUUAGCUCAAGGACGAGGAGGAGGAGGAGGAGGAGGGGGAGGGGGAGGAGGAGUACCAUUCGACGAUAGGGAUCAAACAAUGGAAAUAGUGCAAGAUACUAGUUUCCUCGGACCAAAUCGUUUUCGAAAUCAAAUCGAUUUAAAUAUGUCUAACAGUCAAUUUACUGGUGAAUCCCCUUUUACUGCUCAGGAACAAUUCGUUCCUACUAGAAGAUAUUCCUUGGGUUAUUCAUUUCAAGGCCAUUCAAAUGAACUCAAUGUAUUCGAAUCUAAAGAGAGUUUGAAAAGUUCUAAUCGUCAUCAUUAUCGUCACCACCAUCAUCACCAUCAUCAUCAUCAUCAUCGUCGAUCGAAAAUAAACGAAGAUGAUGAAGAAGAGGAAGAAGAAGAAGAUGAUGACGAUGAUGAAGAUGACGAGGAAGAAGAAGAAGAGGAAGAGGAAGAGGAAGAAGAGGAAAUGGUAAAAAAGAAGAGAUCGAUGAUCCUUCAUCGAGAUCACGUUCCUGGAUCAUGGGGUUCCGGAUGGGAUGCCUGUGCUACGGAAGCUCUGAGAUAUCUCGUGGAAGACGAAGGACUACCGGCACAUCACCCGACCGUCCUGGCGAUGAAAAAUCAUCUUGAAAUUCAAAGAGGACGAGUAUUCGCCCAGUACACAGCAUAAACGAGUUUAACGAGUUGCGAAGAAAUCGUCGUGUCCCGAUUCACAUUUAUUGUACGGGCUGUUGUACAGCCAUAUUGUGAUAAUCGUGCGCGAAUCCGUGAUCGAUGGAUAUAUACCCCCGACGAUAAAAAACCCGCGAGGAGGAGGAAGACGAUUUGUUUUUUUAUUUAUUUUUUUUCUUUUUCUUUUUUUCUUUUUCUUUUUUUUCCCCUCUCAACUUCCUCGUAACAAAUAUCGCGGGGGUAUAUCGUCGCUACUGCAUUUUGUAUCGUGCAUGUAUGCAUGCAUGCAGUUAGUUUUUCAUCGUCAACUCAGAAAUGGAAUACGCUUAUAAAAUCGGCCCUGUCGGAUGGAUGGAUGGAUAUGGAUGGAUAGUUGGAUGGAUGGAAUCAACUUGGACAGGAGCUGCUAAAAAUACGCUUUUGAUAAAACGAAGGUUAGAAGAUGAGUUUUUUGUUUGUUUUUUUUUUUCGUUUCUUAAUCGUUUGGCGUAUUUAAUUAUCAAAUUAUAUAUAUAUCAAGAGAAUAUAAUAAUAUUCAUUUUGCGUUUGUCGCGUUGCGGUUUCUUCUUCGAAUAAUAAGUUGAAGAUGAAGAGCGUUAAAGUUAUGUACGGAUUUGUUUUAUCUAUCUGUCUCUCUUAUUCUCUCUUUUUUUGUUUUGUUUUGUUUUCUUUUUCUCUGGGUUCCUUUUUUUCUCAAUAAGUAUCAUAAUUGAUUAAUGAUGCGUUGUUAAACUAGCGAACCGACAAUCAAUUAUGAAUUGAAUUAUUUACAACAAAUAUAUGAUUCUUCAUCGAUGAUUUUAUAUUAUCUUCGUUAUUCUCAUUAAUCGUUUCAUUUGAAUGCGUUAGUAUUGGUUUAACUUUUUAACGAACGUCAAUACGAAUGUCAAUAUAAUCGAUCCUGUAAAGUUUGAAGAGGAUUCUAUAAGUGACAAAGUUAGAAUACGCUGAUAUCAGAUGAGAGACGUGAGUUAACUCAUCGUAAAGUUCGAUGAGGAAACUUUCGUAUUACGAUAAACUAAGCGAAUCAAAGGUGUGACAUUAGUCGUGGCGAAUCGUAGAUAAACGUCCGCUAGAUUGGAAUUAAUUAAACCUAGAACAAAUUAUUAGGAUUACCUAUAGUCAAAUGAAAACUUUUACACACGAAUAUUACACGUAAUCGAUACAGAAACACACACACACACACCUAUAAACCGAUACUAGAGAUUAGAUUAAUUAAAUCAUCAAAUGAAAAAGAACGAUGAACGUUAAUAUCAAUAUCGUACGAUUAGAUUUUUAAUCAUUUUCGUUUUCAAAUAAUUAUCUAACUUUCUUAUUUUAUUCAUUUAUUUAUUCGCGAUUUGAAUGAGCUCGAGAAAAAUAAAAUACAUAUAUAUAUAGAGAGGGAGAAGUUUUGUUAUUGUAGAAUAUAUUAUUACGUAUGUGUCGAUUUGAAUUUUGCUUUAUCAUCGAUUAACUUACACGUUUUAAUCGUAUGAGUUUUAUUUUUUAACGACGAACGGUAAAUCAUAGAUAGCGUGUUAAUUAUUUCUAUUAAUAAUAAUCACACUUAUCGAUGAAAUUAUUAAUUAGAAACAAUAAUAUACAAUGACGACCAUCGUUUCUCGUAUACGACGAAUCGAAUCCCCCCAUUAUUAGAAAAAAAUAACAAAUCGGAGAUAGAUUCGGUGAAAUGAAAUCAAUGAAAAGAAUUUGCAGAUAUCAUCGCGAAUGAUUUAGGAUCGACGCAUCAUGGCUUUUUUCGAUCGUUUAUCAUUCGCUUCGGUAAAACAAACAAACAAACAAAUUCGAGUUCUUUUUCUACCCUACGAUCGAUCACGUAAAUCACGGGGGAAAAAAAAGGCGUAUGAAAGUUUUUACGAGAUGGAUCAUAGGGGUGGGGAGGGAGGGGGCGGGGGAUGAUCGUAAAAUCGGCAUAUCUGUACAUAUGUAUGAUAUAUCGUUUUAACUUAUACACGACUAUUGUUACUUUUACAAUAAAUCAUUGUAGAUAAACAUUGACCACUAAAAAUAAACGAGAACUAAGUUAA